AAAAGCUUUCACAGGAAUCGAGCUCUUAAUUAACAGCUAGGGUUGCAACGGGUUUGGGAAAUUUGGGGGCAAAGCAGUUCCCGAGCGGAGUGAGAAAUAAUAGGUGGGGCAAAUCACUGCAAGUGCUCAAUCCGUGUAUAUAACAUAUACAAGCCCAAAUACCCUCACAAUGAGACGCAGAAGCUAUAGAGAGACGAAAAACAAGAACAAAAGCGAUUCAAAUCGAAGCUCAGAGAGAGUCUCUUUUAGAUUCUGAUGGAGAGCAGAGAAAAUAAUUUUUAUUUUUAUAUGUAGCCCAAAAUGCUCCGCGGAAGAGAGAGCUUGAUCCGAUUGGUGGGCAAACGGCGUCACUUCCUUCCCAAUCGUGAAACUCUUCUCUCCGCCCCUGUCGGCACCGGUAAUGAUGGGAAAGUCGUCUCCGUUGAGAAUGCAGAGGCUCAUAAAAAAUUAGACGAAUGCGAAGAAGAGAGAGAAUUUGGGAACGAGACUUGUCACCCAGAAGAAUUGGUAACUUGCCCUGUUUGUGGGCACAAAGUUAGUGGGGAACACAAUGCCAUCAACACUCAUCUUGAUGCAUGCCUGUCUCGAGGAACCAAACGAAAAUUGACCCAACAGACUCUUCUUCAGUCAAACUUCUGGUCACAAUCUAAGGUUCAAGCUAGUUCCUUUGAGUUAGAACAGUUAGAAAACAGUGUGUGUGAUACAGGUCUCGAUGACCAUCGUGUACGCAGUGCUGUUCAUGGAUUGCCCGACUUUAGUGCUAUUGAAGAAAAUGACAUUAAUCUGUUUGGAUCAUCCCUAAAGUUAGAGUCUGUUGUGCAAACUUACAAAGAUGGUCCGUCUGAAAACCCAAUCAAUGAUGACAGGAUCAACUACAAUCUGGACACCACCCAACUAUUGUCCCCGAAGAAUGAGGUUCUUAAAGGUGACAGGGAUUUAACUAUAGAUGACAUGUCUGGGGUUACUCUCGAAACUUUUAUUGUUGGCCGUAGGUUUAGUGAUGAAAAGGAGUUACAUCUUGGGGCAAGCAUUUCUCUUCUACGAGACCCUGAUAAUGAUAAGGAUCCCAAUGCUAUCAAGGUUGUUUCUGCAGAUACUGGAUGUGGUAAAAUGCUUGGCUUUCUCCCUCGUGAAUUAGCUCAAUAUUUGUCUCCUUUAAUUGAGAAGUUCUGCCUAAGCUUUGAGGUAAUAUAUUUCUUAAAUUGGAAAGAAUCAUGCCUGAAUUUCUGUGCUUUUUCACUUUUUCAAGUGUCUGGUAGCGUCUUCUAUAUUAUAUAA